AUGCAGAUUUCUAUUAAGACGAUCGAGGGAAAAAGCAUAAACCUAGAUGUGCCAGAUAGCUCCAAGACCAUCGACCUCAAGGUCUAUGGACCCACCCGUCAGUUGGUUCUUGGUCUGAAUCCGGAUGCACUCAUGCGGAUUUUUGUAUCGACUAUAAAGGAGAAAACAUUCAUCCUACAAGUGAAGGGGUCCGAUACCAUCCAACACGUGAAGACCAUGAUCCAUGAUCAGGGUGGCUUACCUGUUGAGAAGCUGAAUCUUAACUUUCUUGGCACCAACCUUGAAAACCAUCACACCGUAGGUUACUACAACAUCAAGCCAGACUCAAAUCUCGUCAUUGUGCAGCGUGGUUGCAUUUGCUAA